AUGCAUUUUCUUUUCUUCUUCCUCUUCUUCUAUUCUUCUUCUUCUUCUUCUUCUCAUUAUUAUUAUUAUUAUUAUUAUUAUUAUUAUUAUUAUUAUAAUACUUCUUCACUUUUUCUUUCUUUUAUUCUUUUCUUCUGUUUUUCUUUUUUUAUUCCUCUUCUUUCUCUGUUUUUCUUCUUUUUUCUCAUAUCAUUUUUGUUUUUGUUUUUACUCUUUUCGUCUUUCUUCUCCCUUCCUCUUUUCUUUUUUCAUCUUUUUUUCUUAUUUUUCCUCCUUUUUCUUCUUUCUUCUUUUUGUCUUUUUUUUAUCUACUUUUCUUUCUCAUAUCUUUUUUCUCCUAUUUUCCUUCUUUUUUUCUCUUUACUUUUUCUGUCUCUUUUCGUUUUCUUCUCCUUUUCUUUUUUCUUUUCUUUUUUUAUUAUUUUACUUCCUUUUUCUUCUUUCUUCUUUUUGUCUUAUUUUAUCUUUUCUUCUUUCUCAUAUCUUUUUUUCCUAUUUUCUUUCUUUUUGUUUUCUCUUUACUUUUUCUGUCUCUUUUCGUUUUCUUCUCCUUUUCGUUUUCUUCUCCUUUUCUUUUUCUUCUUCUUUUCUUUUUCUUCUCCUUUUCUUUUCUUUUUUUAUUAUUUUCCUUCCUUUUUCUUUUUUCUGUUUUUGUCUUCUUUUCUCUUUCUUCUUCUUUUCUCUUUAUUCUUCUUCUUUCUCAUAUCUUUUUCUUUUUUUUCUUAUCUGCUUUUUUGUUGUUCGCGUUCCUCUCUCUCUCUUCUGCCUCUCUGCUUUUUAAAUGGCUUACGGCCACAACAAAUUCAAACACUGGUUCUCUCAGUUCGUAAUAAUAUAUCCCACUUUCUUUCUUUCGUUCGUUCUUUCUUUCUUUCUUUCUUUCGUUCUUUCUUUCUUUCUUUAUACCUCUUUUUGCAGAUAUCUCUCUGUCUGUCAAUAUCCAGGAGUACAACAGUCUCUCUUUCUUUCUUUCUUUCUUUCUUUCUUUGCUUACACACACACGCGCACACACACAUAUCUAUCUAUCUAUCUAUCUAUCUAUCUAUCUAUCUAUCUAUGAAACCUCCACAUCGCCUUUUAUCUCUGCCCAGAGCAUUUAUUAAGUACAGCUGCGUACGUCAAAAGGCCAAAUCUGGAUACGAGGAUAAAAAUAGGCCAAUCAGCACAUCUAACGAGAAACCGAACUCUCGAAAUCUUAUAUGUUUACCCCUGUUCGAUAUUCGAACUUUUCCUUUUAGUCUCUUUCGAGCGCAUAUCUCUGUUUUUCUAUUUUCUUCCCUUUCUUUUUCAUUUCUAUUUUGUUUCUCUUUCUACCCAGCUUUCUUCUUUCUUUUCUUCUUCUUGGUCUUGUUGUUGUUGUUCUUCUUGUUCUUCUUGUUCUUCUUGUUCUUCUUCUUCUUUUGUUCUUGUUCUUCUUGUUCCUCUUCUCCUUCUUCUUCCUGUUCUUUUUCAUCUUGUUCUUCUUCUUCUUCUUCUUCUUCUUCUUCUUCUUCUUCUUCCGGUUCUUCUUUUUCUUUUCUUCUUCUUCUUCUUGUUAGUCUUCGUCUUCUUCUUCUUCUUCUUCUUCUUGCUCUUGUUCUUGUUGUUGUUGUUGUUGUUCUUCUUCUUCUUCUUCUUUUCCUUUUUUUCUUUUUCUUCUUCUUCUUGUUAGUCUUCUUCUUCUUCCUGUUCUUCUUCUUCUUGCUCUUGUUCUUGUCCUCUUCUUCUUCUUCUUUUCUUCUUCUUCGUCUUUUCCUUUUCGUCUUCUUCUUCUCCUUGUUAGUCUUCUUCUUCUUCUUCUUCUUCUUCUUCUUCUUCUUCUUCCUGUUCUUCUUCUUCUUGCUCUUGUUCUUGUUCUUCUUCUUUUCUUCUUCUUCUUCUUCUUCUUCUUCUUCUUGCUCUUGUUCUCGUUCUUGUUGUUCUUCUUGUUCAUCUUUUUCUUCUUCUUCUUCUUCUUCUUCUUCUUCUUCUUCCGUUUCUUCUUGUUAG